AUGGCGCGAGGAGACGCCCCACAGGACAGCUACCACCUGGUCGGGAUCAGCUUCUUUAUCCUGGGCCUGGGCACGCUGCUUCCCUGGAACUUCUUCAUUACGGCCAUCCCGUACUUCCAGGGGCGGCUGGCUGGGGCCAACACCACCACCGGGAUCCUGGACACCAACCACACAGGCCCUGCAGACACCUUCAACUUCAACAACUGGGUGACGCUGCUGUCCCAGCUGCCCCUGCUGCUCUUCACACUCCUCAACUCCUUCCUGUACCAGUGCAUCCCUGAGACGGUGCGGAUUCUGGGCAGCCUGCUGGUCAUCCUGCUGCUCUUCGCCCUGACGGCGGUGUUGGUCAAGGUGGACAUGAGCCCUGGGCCCUUCUUCUCCAUCACCAUGGCCUCUGUUUGGUUCAUCAACUCCUUCUGUGCAGUUCUGCAGGGCAGCCUCUUCGGGCAGCUGGGCACCAUGCCUUCCACCUACAGCACCCUCUUCCUCAGCGGCCAGGGCCUGGCUGGGAUCUUCGCUGCCCUGGCCAUGCUCAUGUCCAUGGCCAGUGGCGUGGAUGCCCAGACCUCCGCCCUGGGGUACUUCAUCACACCCUGCGUGGGCAUCUUCAUGUCCAUCGUGUGUUACCUGAGCCUGCCCCACCUGGAGUUUGCCCGCUACUACCUAGCCAAGAAACCAUCACAGGCGCCAGGUCAGGAGCUGGAGACCAAAGCCGAGCUCCUCCAGUCUGAUGAGAAGAACGGUAUUCCCAACAGCCCCCAGAAGGUAGCCCUGACUCUGGAUCUGGACGCUGAGAAGGAGCCAGAGCUGGAGCCAGAGGAGCCCCAGAAGCCAGGAAAACCUUCAGUUUUCAUUGUCUUCCAAAAGAUCUGGCUGACGGCACUGUGCCUUGUGCUGGUCUUCACCGUCACUCUGUCCGUGUUCCCUGCGAUCACGGCCAUGGUGACCAGCUCCACCAGUCCUGGGAAGUGGAGUCAGUUCUUCAACCCCAUCUGCUGCUUCCUUCUCUUCAACAUCAUGGACUGGGUGGGACGGAGCCUGACCUCCUACUUCCUGUGGCCGGAUGAGGACAGCCGGCUUCUGCCCCUGCUUGUCUGCCUGCGAAUCCUGUUCGUGCCCCUCUUCAUGCUGUGCCACGUCCCCGAGAGGUCCCGGCUGCCCAUCCUCUUCCCACAGGAUGCCUACUUCAUCACUUUCAUGCUGCUCUUCGCUGUUUCCAACGGUUACCUGAUGUCCCUCACCAUGUGCCUGGCACCCAGGCAGGUGCUGCCACAUGAGAGGGAGGUGGCCGGCACCCUCAUGACCUUCUUCCUGGCCCUGGGGCUCUCCUGUGGAGCCGCCUUCUCCUUCCUCUUCAAGGCUCUGCUCUGAAGUGCUCCGUCCAGGGCUCGCCCACAACUCUC